ACGCACACACAACACACACACACAAACAGAGAGAGCCACUACACAUAUAGAAAGCAGAAGUUAAAAGAGGAAAGCGGGUUUUUUUCUUCUCAGCAACGAGGCUGGAAUGGCACAGGGCUCUGACAGUAACGACACCAGCUACACCAGGUCCCCUUCGCCGGGCAGCACACGGGGCUCGCAAGACGACAUGAGAAAGGUGAUGAGGAGAGAGAAAAAUCGCAUCGCUGCUCAGAAGAGCAGGCAACGGCAGACCCUAAAGGCUGAUACUUUGCAUUUGGAGAGUGAAAACCUGGAAAAGGAGAAUGCUGCCUUGAGAAAAGAGGUGAAGAGGUUGAGGGAGGAAGCUAAGUAUCUGACCUCAGUCCUGAACAACCAUGAACCCGUGUGCACCGGCCUGAGCUCACCCUCUUCAGAUCUGCUUUAUGGCUCUCAUCAUGGCGGCUACCACCAGCACAUCGCAGUACAGCACUACCCACUCUGACGAGAUUGAAGAAGAGGCUUUGACAGAGCCACCUAAGACAUUGUUUUGGAUUAGUGUCCAUCUGAAUUUACUGGUUUUCACAACUUCACAACUGAUGAGUGUACUUCUAGAACUGGUACUUCUGCAAUUGAGAAAACAAACCAUGGUUUACAAGUUUUUACAGAGAAAUGAACGGGUUCUCUUAAAAGAAAUGAAUGUAAAAAAAAGUAUUGUAUGCAUGAACAUAAGUUUGUACAACUUAUUAGACAACUUACACCUCUACAGUGCAAUUGUGAUUGUUAAUGACAAAAUACAAUAAUAGCAAAUUAUGUGA